ACGAGGGAGGCAGCGACGGUCGUUCCGAUUGAGGACUUGAUCGCGAGUGCCUAUGCUAACAAGAAACCUCGCAAGUCGAGAGCCGACCAGUUUGACCAUAUACGAGGCCUAGGCAAGAUGCACCAAUCCGUCGCCCCCAAAUCUGUCAAGUCCUCCAAAUCCAAACGCGUCAAGUUCCCCCACGAAGAAGACCAAGACUCGGACUGGGAAUCCAUUGGUGAAGAUGGAACCGAGGCUUGGGAGUACAACUCGGACUAUCGCGACGCCGCGGGUUCCUCUUCUGGUGGUGGGGGGGCAAGUGUGACCACCCCUUCGACGGCAAGUGCGAGUGGCCGGGGGGAGGAGGAUUUGGUGUUGUCUCUCUCGAUGGGUCGGUCGCUACAGAAAGUGUCACAAGUGAGAAGACAGAUGACCUGCCAUGAGGCAAGGCCCAAACCAACAGAAACGUCUCUGGUCAGAACCGCCGGGAAUAGGGCUCCUAUGACAAAGGCAAAAUACAGGGCUGUUGUAAUUCAAGGGGGAAGGAGUCCCGUAGAACAAUGA